CUUUUUGCUGAUGUCCAGCACAUUUUUUGAAUGAUGGUGGUUACAGCUAAAAUUUUGAUGGUCUUCUAUGUGCUCUCCUGCAAGGUCCACCAAGUCCUUCUUUCUAACCGCUGUUCAGACACAAGUUCAGGCUUUAUAAUCUGUAGUGGACAUGUGUGGACAGAACCAGCCUCACUCAUUCAGAUGGGCCAGAACAUUUCUAUCAACUGCCAUGCUGAUAAAGAAUUCUGUCAGAAUGGCAGCCUAUACUUCGUCCUAAAUAAUGUCCCUGUCAGAGACCAAUUGUUGACAGCUAUAAACAAGACUACAAUUCAGCUUCAGCUUCAUGAUUAUCAACAUCCAUUUUCUACAGUCCGGUGUAUUGUGGACUGUCCUCAAAAACCUAAAAAUAUUAUAUGUGGAACACAAUUUUGUUUAGGCUAUCUACCUGACAGACCAGCCAAUUUAACUUGUGUCAUACAUGAAUAUUCGGACAAUAUGAUGUGCAGUUGGGACUCAGGCAAAGAUACACAUUUAAACACUAACUACAACUUAUAUGUGAAGAGCUUACUAACAGAAGAGAAUAAGAUGUUUUCUGCAAAUGUUACCUCAGCCAUCAUCCCUCUGAGUCAACUGCUAGAAAACCAACAAUUUUCUGUUUUGGUCCACGCUGAAAAUGAUCUGGGUACAGUGCAUUCGGAUCCACUGCACGUUGACCUCAGUGAUAUAGUGAUACCAGCUAAUCCUGUUGUGAUCCAGAAUAUAACUGUAGAGUCUCCAGUGUUUAAGACUAUAAUACAGUGGGAAAAAAAAACUGCAAUCAAUGGAACUUACUGUGAAGAACGAUAUAAGGAAGCAACAAGUGAAACAUGGCAUGUUAGAAAAUGGGAUUCUGAUUUUGAAACAGAACAUCACAGUGAGUACAACUUAGAAGCAAUCACAAUGUAUGAGUUUCAAGUAAGAUGCAAAUUAAUUCAUGCCAGGGCUUUCUGGAGCAGUUGGAGUGAAUCGACAAUGUAUAUGACUCCAGAAGCAGAGCCAUCUUCAGUACUUGAUGUAUGGAGAUAUCUAGGGCCAACUUACCAGAAUGGCAGCCAAGAGGUGACCAUCUUGAUCAAGCCAUUUCUUCCCAAAGAGAGCAGAGGAAGAAUUCUGGGUUAUAGAGUGUACUGUGAAAAAGAAGGGGACAUUGUGGAGUUAUGUAAAACAACUGAAACAACAUGCAAAGUUCUCAUUCCCCCAGCAGUGAGUGUUGUGUAUGUGGCAGCGCACAAUUCCAAAGGAAGUUCUAAACCUGCAAAUAUCACAGUGAAGCAUCAGCACCAUGAUGAUCUUUUUCCACCUCCUACCAAAUUUCAGGUAACUGAUGAUGACCAGAAAGGAUUUUUUGUUAGAUGGGAACCUCCCAAAAUUUAUGGAAAAGCAGUUUUGUGGUACGUAGUGGAAUGGACCUCCGUAGUCAUCAGUCAUUACCAUCAUGGCAUUAUGUGGAGAAAAGUUCCGAGCCAGAACAAAACAACAUAUAUUGAAGAACACCUCAGAAUAAAAAGGAACUCCAACAUUUCAGUAUAUUCAGUGUAUCAAGAUGGCACCAGCAGAGCCUGCUCUGUUCAGAUACUGGAGAAAAAUGUUCAGGACAGGCAUGUGGAGAAGGAUCCAAGAAGCUCUUCUGCAGCUACCAAUGGUAUGAAAUAUGGCAAUGAUUAUGAUGUUGGAGUUAUGGCAGGAACUGGCUUUGGAGCAACAGUCUUGUCUAUCUUUAUUUUGACUUUGAUUGCUAAGAAAUCUUACAGAAAAAGAAUUACUACAAUGUUGAGUUCAGUAACACCAAAGUGGGUUUUUGAAGAUUAUCCUAAGUUACAGAACAGCAGUGUGGUAAAGUCACUUCAGGAGGAAAAUGAUUCAGUAACACAGAUUUCCACAGAGCUAUUCUCUGGUUAUGAGGAUUCUGUAAUAACUGAAGUGGAGGAGAUAUUGGUGCAUAAGGAAUAUAAGGCACAGGAUGGCAGGAAGGAAACCAAGGAAGCAGUUCUUCAGAAGCCUGAUCUUCCUGAAAGGAUCUUGUCUGUCAGCAACUCAGAUGUAAUAGAAGCAAAUGGAUACAAGCCUCAGGUUUCCAAUAAGGCACUAUUAGGAAAUAUACUCACCUGUACUAAUGAAAUACACUGUCCAAACCCAGAUGCAAUAUCAAAUUCUCCAACUUUGCCCAUGAAUAGUUCAAUCAAAGAUUACAUGAGUCCCAUGGUCACUAAAUGGCCUGAUGAAAAUACACUUUUAUUUGAGAAAAUCAGCCUUGUUUUGAACAGUGGUGGAAGUGGGCAGAGCAAUGUGUUCAGCCCAGCAGAUGAAGAACCAAAUACACCAACAGCAGAGCAGUGGUCGUUCCUGCUUUCAGAUGACAAUGUUCAAGAGCAGACCUUAAUACCAGAAGAAUUGCUCUCUUGCUUAAAAGUUGUGGAUAACGAUUCUACAUGUACUGUAAUGCCUUAUUUUCCUCAAAGCAUGGCAAAGUGACUGUGUGGGCUGUAAGAAAGUAGGAUACAAGUAUCUUGAAACAGUGGCAUAUAACACUUUUUAUCAGUUCUGAGAAGAAUAACCCAAGGUUACCUUAACAUUCUGGGUUUGUUGUCUUCAGUGAAGUCAAGAAGAUGAUUGUGGCAGCCUAUCUAAUUUAUGAUAAAGUGAAAAUUAACCCUGAUGUAAACAACCACUGUAUCAGAAGGUCCUUAUUAGAGGUCUG